GUUGUUAUUUGUUAUCAAAUUAAUAAUUAAGUUUUCGAAGUUUAUAUUUAAACUCUUCGGUAGUUCAAUACUUCGAUUUAAUUUAUUAUAAUUACAAUUCCAUAUUUUACAAGUCUGAAACAUGUCUAUGUUUAAUUUAAGUGGUAAUCAACCCAACAACACUGGAAAUUCUGCGACUCCUCAAUUUGGCUUUGGAUCAUCUAUGGGAAGUUGGACAGCACCAUCAUCAGUAUCAACAACUACUUCUAAUUUUGGUACCUUAGGUGCCACCAGUAUUAAGCCAAAUACCAAUACCCCAUUUUCUUCAUUUGGUAAUUUAGGGGCUUCUACAACAUCUUUAUCAUUUGGAACUGCAACUACCUUAGCUACAACCACUGCCAAACCAGGUUUUUCACUUGGUAGUAAUGCUACAGCAAAUGCUCCAUUAAAUCUUUCUUUUGGUGCCUCUACAUCUACAGCUGGUACAUCUCCAUUUUCACUUGGAACUGCAUUAAAUACUAAAACUACUACAUCUACCACUGGAAUACAAUUAACAUUAGGAAAUACUGUUAAUGUAACUACUUCAGCUGCUACUGUUUCUCGUGGUCUUGGUGGUCUAGAUACAACUUCAAAUUUAAACCAAACUCAAAAUAAAGUUGUGCCAGCACUCGAAAUGUCCUUGCCUAAUGAAAUUUCACAAUUAGUUAAUCAUUUAAAAGAUUUUCUUAAGCAACAGAAAACUAUGAGCACUGAAUUGGCUCGUAUGUCCUCCAAAGGUUCGAAUGAAGUUGCUGGUGAUAUUACUACAUGCCAAAAAAAUUUACAGUUUAUUGAACACAAUUUAAAUAAACAAAAAGUUUCAGUUGAGAAGUUAAAAUAUGAAACUAAUAAAUGUUUACAAGACUUUGAAAUUGCACAACGUAAUCAUGAUCAUCCAGCAAUGGUUCAAAAUGAUAUGGAAUCUAAUAUCAAGUACUUUACUGAGCUUGUAAAAUCCUUACAAGAAAAGGGAAAUGUAUUGAAAAAUGAAAUUGAAAAUACUCAACAAUAUUUAGCAACAUUACCUUAUAAUAACAAUGUUACUGUGGAUGAACUUAGAAGAAUUGGAGAAAUGUAUUAUAAAAAUGUAAUAGCAUUAGCUGGUUAUUUGCACGGUAUACACAAUGAAGUUCAGGUAUUAAAAGCAAGACAUUUGUCAUUUAGAAGAGAGAUAUUAAAUGAUCAUACAAAUAUUUUCCAAAUAAAUCAGAAUUCAAAUUCCUCUAGAUUUUUCACAUCUUGUCCAGAUACUACUGGACCUAAUCCCUUUUCAGGAUUAAAUAUAACUGCUUCAGCUGCACUAAACUUAGGAACAUUUGGAUUAGAUCAUUCUAGUGUUCAUCAAAUUCAAGAUACAUGUGUACAGUUAAACUUGGGGAAUAGCUCAUUCUAUGGAUUGAACACUCAACCAAAUAAUACAACACAAUUCCAGGGAUUCUUUACAAGCAACAAAUAACCGUCAUUAUUUUUCUUAAAUGCAAAUAAACUACAUUAAAUAAUAAAAAUAUUAUAAUUAAAAUUA